CAUUUGAGGCUAGACCAAUAAUUUCAUGAAAAUAUUCACAGUUCUUGACAAAGACAUGCGAAUUCAAAAUCCUCAUGUAUAAUGUACGCGGAUGAACGCAUUGCUCGGUCAUCUUUACUAGGCUUAUCCAUGAACCGAGUCAACUCGUUGGUGUAUUUUAUGCAUGUACUGUAGGCUCUUCUCUUCUCGUCCAGAGCUGCAGCGAUGGUUCAUCUAGGGAGAAUCUCUCUAAGGGAGUGGCAGAAGCCAAAGAUCAACGUCUCAUCGCCUGUUGUUCCCAAGGGCAAACUCCACAAAGCUGCUCAAACCGUCGCCUUCCUUCUCCUUGCAUCUUCUGCAGCUUUUUCCUUCCUGCAAUUGUUCUCCCUUCCCCAUGCAGAACCAGAAAGAAAGGAACCUGCGGGCUUGCUCAGGACUCACAUAACCGUCAACGGAAAGCCUUUGAAGGCCAGCAAAGAGGAGAGGCUUCCCCUGACCAGCCACUGUUCUUCUUUGAUAGAUGGUAGUGAAGAUUCAGGAGAAACCGGUUUUCUUUGCUGCGACCGCUCGAGUUACAGAAGCGACGUUUGUUACAUGAAGGGAGACAUCCGCACAUCGUCUUCAUCGUCUGCAGUUCACCUCUACCACUCUGGAAGCUUGAACCUGAAAGAAGAGAAGAUAAGGCCUUACACUAGAAAAUGGGAGAGAAACAUAACCGAAACUAUUGAUGAGAUCAAGUUGAAGCCGGUUCGAACUUCGCUCAAUCGCCGCCAUUCAUGCCACGUCAAGCACCAGUCGCCGGCCGUUCUCUUCUCCACCGGCGGCUACACCGGAAACGUGUACCAUGAAUUCAACGACGGAUUGAUCCCCCUGUUCCUGACCGCCGAGAGGUUCGAAGGCAACGUAGUCUUCGUAAUUCUGGAGUACCAUAACUGGUGGAUGAACAAAUACGGACCCAUCAUCCAACGGCUCACAAAGCACGAGAUCGUCGACUUCGCAAAAGAUAAACGGACACAUUGCUUCGGAGAGUUGAUCGUAGGGCUGAGAAUCCAUGACGAGUUAAGCGUAAACCCGGGCUUGACCAAGUCAGGGAAGAACAUACAUGACUUUCAAGCGGUGCUAGCACAAGCAUUCAGGCCUCCCCAGAACGAACCGAGACAGACGCUGUCUCGGCCGAGACUCACGAUACUGACUCGGAAGGGUUCGAGGGUCUUGUUGAACUUGAAAUCGGUCUCGCGGAUCGCCAACAAGGCCGGGUUCGAUGUCGAGACCUUGAGCCCGAAAAGGAACUCGGACAUGGGUCAGAUCUACAGGGUUCUGCAUUCAUCUCAAGUUUUGAUAGGGGUUCACGGUGCCGCACUGACUCAUUUUCUGUUCAUGCGGCCCGGUUCGGUUUUCAUACAGAUCGUGCCUCUGGGCUUGAACUGGGCUGCGGAUGCAUACUACGGUGAGCCGGCCAGGAAACUGGGACUGGACUAUGUCGAGUACCGGGUCCGAAUCGGGGAGAGUUCUUUGUCUAGGGAGUACAAUGCGACCGAUCCGGUUCUGGUGCGACCCGAGUCGGUGAACAGCAAAGGAUGGUGGGAGACUAAGAGGGUGUACAUGGACAGGCAGAACGUCCAAGUUGACACCAAAAGAUUCAGGGACCUUCUUGCUAGAGUUUACAAGCGCGUUGUAAGGAAGCAGGAACUAGGAAGUUCGUGAACCCAAGUUCAUGAACUUGGGCGAUGAAUUGGGAAGAUACCAAACAUGGGCUUUGAAGAAUUCCAUGCAUUAUUUGAAUCUUCUAUCAUAUCGCUUAACAGC